AUGAGUACCAAAGUGCAAAAGUUGAUGACGCAGCCCAUCAAUCUGAUGUUCAGGUUUCUGCAGAAUAAAUCCCGCAUCCAAGUGUGGCUCUACGAACAGGUGAACACGCGGAUCGAGGGGCGUAUCAUGGGCUUUGACGAGUACAUGAAUCUCGUUCUCGAUGACGCGGAAGAGCUGGACGUGAAGAACCUCAAACGCACGCCACUGGGCCGCAUCCUGCUCAAGGGAGACACCAUCACGCUCAUGAUGGCCGUCGGUGCAAUCAACGGAUCCAACUAG